GUGAAAUGCCCACUCCUCGUGUGAUAUGGACCACUGGAGCAGGGCAAGGGAAGCUCAUUUCACCAGGGGCACCUUCACUGCCCUGCGAGUGAAAGGUCAUGCUGCUCAGACUUCAAUUUGAGCUGCUGCAGAGCAGCCACUAAUCCAAUAAGCCACUGAGGCACUGUAGGAGACAGCCUUAAUUCAGGCAUUUGCAUGGGUGAGUGGGAGGCAGCAAGCCUGAGAGCUCCCAGGGACACCCUGCGCUGCACGGACCAACCUGGUCUGUGUCUUGCUUAAUAAAGUGUUGAGAAGAUCAAGCUCUCAGGAACCUGCUGCACCAGCCUUCACACAUGGAAUGUGCUGUGUGAAAAAUAAACAGCUUUAAAGGUUUUACAGUGGGCAUCGGCUGUUCUGGCUCGAUUUGUGUUGGGAAUCGGAUCACACAGCAGCCUUCAGCAGUGGAGCAACAGGUCUGUCUGUGGAGCUUUGAAUAUUUCAUAUAUAUAUAUAUAUACACACACAUUCAUAACAACAUGCAGCUAAAUUAUAUUUGUUUUUUCAGAGAUACAUAUGAGCUGCCUCAUCUCUAUUCUGUGCCCAUCUGUGUUCUUCAAGGCUGGUAGCCUGAGAUUCACCCAAUAUUGGUAUUAUUCUCCAGGUGCAGCAGCCCUGGGCCAGCUUGGGUAUUGGUUGCUGUCUAAGGAGUCUUUUCUUGGAGGCAGGUGAUGGGGCUGCCACGAUGGAAAGCCUGAGGAACAACCAAAGCUUGUGGUCACAGGCGGAGAGAGAGAGAGGGAGAGGAGGAGGAGGAGGAGAGACAGGGGGAGAGGAGAGCUGAUGCCUGACGAGUCACUCGGCGGAGGCAGAGCGGGCGGUACCACAACUUCCCGGCGGCGCGGAGCGGCGCGGAGCUGCGCGGCGCGGAUCGGAGCUCGCCGGCCGGAUCGCUCCCAUGUCAGCGCGGCGGCGGGGGACUGCGCUCCGCUAGCGACCAGCCGCCGGCCAACCCCCUCCUCGCCCAGCGAUGUAUUCACUGCUCUCAGCCUGCACUUGCCUAUGUUUACAUUUCCUGCUGCUGUGCUUUCAGGUACAGAUGUUUGCUGCCGAGGAGAAUGUGGAUUUUCGGAUACACGUGGAGAACCAGACGCGAGCGAGGGACGAUGUAAGCAGGAAGCAGCUUCGGCUCUAUCAGCUCUACAGCAGGACAAGCGGGAAGCACAUCCAAGUGCUCGGCAGGAGGAUCAGUGCCAAAGGAGAAGACGGAGAUAAAUAUGCCCAGCUUCUAGUGGAAACAGACACUUUUGGCAGUCAAGUCCGGAUCAAAGGGAAGGAGACAGAUUUCUACCUUUGCAUGAACAGGAAAGGCAAGCUAGUGGGGAAGCCUGAUGGCACCAGUAAGGAGUGUGUUUUCAUUGAAAAAGUCCUAGAAAACAACUACACGGCGCUGAUGUCUGCAAAAUAUUCAGGCUGGUAUGUUGGAUUCACCAAAAAAGGGAGGCCGCGGAAAGGGCCCAAAACCCGGGAAAACCAGCAAGAUGUACAUUUUAUGAAGAGGUACCCAAAGGGGCAAGUGGAGAUACAGAAACCUUUCAAGUACACAACAGUCACCAAGAGGACUAAGAGAAUACGACCCACCAACCCCAGUUAAAAAUAGAUUAAAAACAGUGUCACAAUAAGAAACCACAAAAAGAAAAAAAAAACUGCACCAGAGGAAUAUUUUUACAUUAAAAAUAAGGAAGAAGCUCUAUUUUUGUACAUUGUGUUUAAAAAAAAAUAAAAAUAAAAAAAAUUAAUAAAAGACUAGAUGACAAAUGCUGGGGAAAGCUGUCCGGGAUUUAUUGUGACUUGAAAAACGAAAUGAACUGCUCUAUUUAAAUUGACUUCUUGUUGUUGAUGACACACAGGUGCUUAUUUCGCUCUUUGGAAAGGACAACUUUUCAAGCAUAUCCCCAGAGGGAAAAAAAAAAGUAAUUAUUAAAAAUAAAUAAAUAAAACCAAAGAAAACCAAAGUUCUUUCCCAAAGUUACUGAGACCCUGCCCCAAAAAGUGCCGGUUUUGCAGUAAUCUAUUUAUUGUCUGCUGCCCGCUGGCCCAAGACAAGAUGGUGUGUGCUGCAGUGAGUGAGUUUCUGUGGAGUUCUCGACGCAUGGAUCUUCUGUAACCUUCCUGACGACAUAAGGUGUCACGGCUCCGUGAUCCUGCAUUAUGCUCAGUUCUGGAGAAUGCUGCUAAAUACAUUCAAGUGACUACAAGAUGACCUAGUACACCAAUGAUAAGGGAAUAUUUUAAAACCAGCUAUAUUAUAUAUAUUAUAUAUAUAUAAGCUAUUUAUUUCACCUCUCUGUAUAUUGCAGUUCCAUGAACCAAGUAUUACUGCCUCAACAAUUAAAAAGAAUUAUUUAAAACACA